UCAGGCUCUCUGCUUACUUGGCCACAGCAGGGGCUCCCCUCCCCUCAGCGGCUGCCUUGCCACAUGGACAGCACCUUCCCAUCCGGCCUGUCCCCAGCCGCAUCCUCCUCAGCGGCAGGCCACUCAGCUUCACGGAAACUCUCUUUCUCUAAUUGGCAUAGAAACUCACAGCCCUCCCUUUUCCUGUAGGUGGGGUUUCCAUAGGAAAAAGCUGCUUCUCUGUUUCCCUGGCCUAGCAACUGUUUGGAAGUCAGAUCCCCACAUCCUGCUUCACUGGGUCAAGUCCCUCUUGGACCGACUCUUGUCCAUCACUGGCUGACGGGGACCCACAGUGCCCCUGUACCGGGCCUCCCCUGGUAAUUUUACCUCAUCGGUCCUUGCACCUCUCACAUCUCUUCUGAUGAAGAUGGCCUUUCUUUCUGUUAGUUCCAUUAGCUAAUGAUGGGACAAGGCUGUGCUAACAGGGCUGGGGGCAGGAGAACGGGGCUAAUCAAGCCCCUCAGGAAACACUGGAGGACUUGCCCAGCCCGAAGGUCUCUAGCGGUUUCUGGAUCUAGCGCACUCUGGCGGUAAGCAUGAUGCGACUUCUGUCACUUCUUCUGGGACUUUUGGGGCCAGGUGGCUACUUGUUCCUUUCAGGGGAUUGUCAGGAGGUGGCCACUCUCACUGUGAGAUAUCAGGUGGCAGAGGAGGUACCGGCUGGCACCGUGAUAGGGAAGCUGCCUCAGGAACGGGGCCGGGAGGAGGGGCCUGGCCAAGCUCGAGCUGCCUUCCAGGUCCUACAGCUGCCCCAGGGACUCCCCAUCCAGGUGGACUCUGAGGACGGCGUGCUCAGCACAGGGAGGCGGUUGGACCGGGAGCAGCUUUGCCGGCAGCAGGAUCCCUGCCUGGUAUCCUUUGACGUGCUGGCCACAGGGGAGCGGGCGCUCAUCCACGUGGAGAUCCAGGUGCUGGACAUCAAUGACCACCAGCCGCAGUUUCCCAAAGGUGAGCAGGAGCUGGAGAUCUCUGAGAGCGCCUCUCUGCGCACCCGGAUCCCCCUGGACAGAGCCCUGGACCCGGACACUGGCCCCAACACCCUGCACUCCUACACCCUGUCUCCCAGCGAGCACUUCGCCCUGGAUGUCAUUGUGGGGCCCGAUCAGACAAAACACGCGGAACUGGUGGUGGUGAAGGAGCUAGACCGGGAAAUCCACUCAUUUUUUGAUCUGGUGUUAACUGCCUAUGAUAGUGGGAAUCCCCCCAAGUCAGGCACCAGCUUGGUCAAGGUCAGCGUCCUAGACUCCAAUGACAAUAGCCCUGUGUUUGCUGAGAGCUCACUGGCCCUAGAAAUCCAAGAAGACGCUGCCCCUGGUACUCUCCUCAUAAACCUGACAGCCACAGACCCUGACCAAGGCCCCAAUGGGGAGGUGGAAUACUUUCUCAGUAAGCACGUGCCUCCGGAGGUGCUGAACACCUUCAGUAUUGAUGCUAAGACGGGCCAGGUGACUCUGCUCCAGCACCUAGACUAUGAGAAGAAUCCGGCCUACGAAGUGGAUGUCCAAGCAAGGGAUCUGGGUCCCAAUCCCAUCCCAGCCCACUGCAAGAUUCUCAUCAAGGUUCUGGAUGUCAAUGACAAUGUCCCAAGCAUCCACAUCACGUGGGCCUCCCAACCAUUGCUGGUGUCCGAAGCUCUUCCCAAGGACAGUUUCAUUGCUCUCAUCAUGGCCAAUGACCUGGACUCAGGAAACAAUGGUCUGGUCUACUGUUGGCUGAGCCAAGAGCUGGGCCACUUCAGGCUGAAAAGGACCAAUGGUAACACAUACAUGCUGCUAACCAACGCCACACUGGACAGAGAGCAGUGGCCCCAAUAUACCCUCACUCUGUUGGCCCAAGACCAAGGACCCCAGCCCUUAUCAGCCAAGGAACAGCUCAGCAUUCAGAUCAGUGAUGCCAAUGACAAUGCACCUGUGUUUGAGAAAAGCAGGUACCAGGUCUCCACUAGGGAAAACAACCUACCCUCUCUUCACCUCAUCACCAUCAAGGCCCAUGAUGCAGACCUGGGUGUUAACGGGAAAAUCUCAUACCGCAUCCAGGACUCCCCAGUUUCUCACUUGAUAGCUAUUGACUCAGAAACAGGCGAGGUCACCGCUCAAAGGUCACUGGACUAUGAACAGAUGGCAAGUUUUGAGUUCUUGGUGAUUGCAGAGGACAGUGGGCAGCCCCAGCUCACAUCCAGUGUCUCUGUUUGGGUCAGCCUCCUGGAUGUCAAUGAUAAUGCCCCAGAGGUGAUUCACCCCAUACUGAGUAAUGGGAGAGCCAGCCUCUCGGUGCUUGUAAAUGCCUCCACAGGUCAUUUGCUGGUGCCCAUUGAGAAUCCCAAUGGCCUGGGCCCAGCGGGCACUGACAUACCACUACAGGCCACCCCCAGCUCUCGGCCGUUCCUUUUGGUAACUAUCAUAGCAAGAGAUGCAGACUCGGGGGCAAAUGGAGAGCUUCUCUACACCAUUCGGAGUGGGAACGAAGCCGGUGUCUUUGUCCUCAGCCCCCACCUGGGGCAGCUGUUCAUCAACCUCACCAAUGCCAGCAGCCUCACUGGGAGUGAGUGGGAGCUGGAGAUUGUGGUGGAAGACCAAGGCAGCCCCUCCUUGCAGACCCGAGCCCUGCUGCAGGUCUUGUUCGUCACCAGUGUGGACCACUUGAGGGAUUCAGCUCAUGAGCCAGGGGCCCUGAGCACAUCGGUACUCACGGUGAUUUGCCUGGUCGUACUGCUUGCCGUCUUUGGGUCGAUCUUGGCUCUGAUCACGUCUAUCUGCCGGACGGAGAAAAAGGACAACAGGGCCUACAACUGUCGGGAGGCUGAGUCCACCUACCGUCACCAGCCCAAGAGGCCCCAGAAACACAUUCAGAAGGCGGACAUCCACCUUGUGCCUGUGCUCAGGGGCCAGGUGGAUGAGCCUGGCGAAGUCGGGCAGCCCCCCAAGCAUGUGGGCGAGGAAGCAAUGAUGGAAGCAGGCUGGGACUCCUGCCUGCAGGCCCCCUUUCAUCUCACACCGACUCUGUACAGGACUCUGCGUAACCAAGGCAACCAGGGAACGCUGGCCGAGAGCCGAGAGGUGCUGCAGGACACUGUUAACCUCCUUUUCAACCAUCCCAGGCAGAGGAACGCCUCCCGGGAGAACCUGAACCUUGCCGAGCCCCAGCCUGCUGUAGGCCAGCCCCGCUCAAGGCCCCUGAAGGCUGCGGGCAGCCCCACAGGAAGAGUGCCUGGAGACCAGGGCAGUGAGGAGGCCCUGCAGAGCCCGCCAGCCUCCUCUGCAACCCUGAGGCGGCAGCGGAAUCUCAAUGGUAAAGUAGCCCCUGAGAAAGAGUCAGGCCCCCGUCAGAUCCUGCGGAGCCUGGUCCGGCUGUCUGUGGCCGCCUUUGCGGAGCGGAACCCUGUAGAGGAGCUCACCGUGGAUUCGCCUCCUGUUCAGCAAAUCUCCCAGCUGCUGUCCUUGCUGCAUCAGGGCCAAUUCCAGCCCAAACCAAACCACCGGGGAAAUAAGUACUUGGCCAAGCCUGGCAGCGGCAGGAGUACAAUCCCAGACACAGAUGGCCCAGGCACCAGGGCUGGUGGCCAGGCAGAACCAGACCAGGAAGAAGGACCCCUGGACCCUGAAGAGGACCUUUCUGUGAAGCAGCUGCUAGAAGAAGAGCUGUCAAACCUCCUGGACCCCCACACAGGCCUGGCCCUGGACCGGCUGAGCGUCCCCGACCCGGCCUGGAUGGCAAGACUUUCUUUGCCCCUCUCCACCAACUACCGUGACAACGUGUUCUCCCCGGACUCUGCGACCUCGGAGGAGCCCAGGACCUUCCAGACAUUCGGCAAGGCGCCCGAGCUGAGCCCUACAGGCACGCGGCUGGCCAGCACCUUCCUGUCGGAGAUGAGCUCGCUGCUGGAGAUGCUGCUAGAGCAGCGCCCCGCCGUGCCGGUGGAGGCCGCCUCCGAGGUGCUGCGGCGGCUCUCCGUCUGCGGGAGGACCCUCAGUCUAGACCUGGCCACCAGCGGGGCCGCGGGCUCCGAAGGCCCCACGGGCCUAGCUGGAAACAAGGGGACGGAGAGCAGGACCAGCUGUGGCAGCAGCAGCAGCAGGGGCCAGUGGAUCCAGGAACCGGGGACCCCGGGAGAUAUUAGGAAGCCCAGGCCCUGAGGAUUCUGGGACAGGAACUGGUGUCUAAUCUUGGAACUCACUGACCAGAGGUGGCCUGAGAACUUUAGGGUGACGGAGGCUGCCCCACAGAGCAGGCGGGAGCCCCAGGACAAAGAGCUGGCUGACCAAAGCAACCCGAUGUUAAGUGCUGGCUCUACCGGUGGAAUUUUUGGAGGAGGGAGGCAGUUUGUGGCUAAGUGUUUGCUGGCAAAACACAUGGAAGAAGAGCACAGAGGGUUAAUCCUCUUUGCAAAACAGAUGCCAAGGAGCAUCCCAAGCAGGAAGGAGGGCCUGGUUGCACACUGGAGGGUUGGGGACUGGAUCCUGGGGCACCAGGCAAAGCUCUCUGACCUACUAAUAAAGGAAAAGUAGUGGGU